UCAGUCAGGAAGCAUGUCAAACAGUGUUUGGCGUGAGCAGCAUUAUUGCUUAAAUUUGAUGAAAUGGGGACGGGCAUCAUGGACGCUUCUCUUCUUUAUGGCCUCAGGUGCUGUCUCACUGGUCACAGUUCACCAGCCUCCCGUGCUUUCUGCUGCUCUGGGUCGUGAUGUUAUCAUGCCCUGUGAGCUCCAGCUGGAAGAUGAGAAGCUGAUGUCCCAGCCUGUCCUCUACUGGUGGAAAUUAAAUAAGGAGGGUGAUGAUUUCACACCACUGAUCCCCUCACAGCUCGGGAAUGAUAGCCGUGUAAACCUUCUGGACAAUAACAGGACCUCCUCAAACAAGUCAAUAAUUCUGACAAAUGUGGAGUGGGCUGACAGUGGGAAGUUCAGAUGCAAGCUCUCUCUGCAAACACACAGGGGUGGAAGCUUCAGGAAGAAAGGCAACGCAACUUCACUGGUGCUUUAUGACACCGUGGUCUUUAACGUCACCAAACACAGUCACUGCCUGCUUCGCUGUGAGGUCAACGUGACGCAGGAUGCUGGAUUUGCUUUGUACAUUUUCCACAAUGGGGACAGACUCCAAAAUGUUACCUCAGCUCCAGGAGACACCGGCGCUGCUCUGCCAUAUGUAACUCUCUCUGAGACCGUACCUCUGCGGUGGCCUGGGAAAUAUGAGUGCCAGCUCCACCUGAAGGAUGAGCUGAUUAUAAAGAGCGUCUUCCACAGCAACCUGCCUGAAGUUGGAGAAGCUGAAAAAAAUGUGACCAGAACAUGUUCACCAGCUGUUCCAGAGGUGUACCCAGAGCCGUGGCUCCUGUACGUGGCUCUCCUCCUGGUGCCCGUCACCAUCCUGCUGGGCCUGGUGACUGUCAUGCUGAUGUGCAGAUGAGUUUAUCAGCAUCUGGCUGGAAUGGAGAGGUGGAGAUCCAGUCUGUCAGCAAAUAAUCAGUCAGCGACAAUUAUAGGAGAGAACAGACGGCUCUUUUUUUUUUUUUAACAAAAUCAGUGAACAACUCAAAGAUUUUGCAGUUUUCUUGACAUGAGUCAGGUUAACAUAACAAUCAUUUCUAUCAUUACUAUAGAGGCAAUGAACUACAAAGAAAAAAAAUGUAACUAAAACUUCCCCUACCAGUGGUCGUAUCACUGCACCAAUUUUUAUUCAAACUGAUAUUACAGUACAGCUGUUUUUAACUUGAGAUAAUAUCUCUUUGACACACUACACAAACAUUUUGGUCAUAAAGUCACAGCGGUUCUUUCAUUCAAUUCUGCUGUUCAGUUCAAUUCAAUUUCAUUCACAAAGCACCAAAUCACAAUAACAGGCCUCACUAAUAGCUUCAGUCAAUUUGGGAAGGUUUCAGAUCAUUUUUAAACAAUCAGCAGCUUUAACGUGCACAUGUUUGUGGUCAGUGUUCUUACUCGUCCUGUUUCUGCUUUUGUUGAUUAAAUAUUCUUCCUGUCUGAUUCAUGAUUAGGCUCUCCAGGUUUCUAUUAGCAUAUUGUACCUUCAAAACCUAACCAGGGUUAAUGUGUACGAAUCAACUAUGGCUCUAACUCCCAUAUAUGCGGGAUUUUUAUAACAUGCAGUAAUGUUUACAUGUUUUACUAAUGGAAUAAAUUGCUAAUCAAUAUAUGAUAUGUGAAUAAACCGUAAUUUUUUUACUGGC